AUUUAUAAUUUUCAUAGCUAAUUUUAAGACAAAAAGCCCAUAACUAAAAAUUACAAACAAAAGCUGUUAUUGGGCGAUAAGGUUUGAUAACAAUAUUUUAUCAAUUUUGCAAAACAAUGAGCGCUCUCUUUUAAUUUGGAAAACUAUGAGAACAUUCAAAUUAUCAACCUACCUUGAAAAAGCGAACUCAGCUUUUAUAGGUUCGACGACAGUUUAGAUUAGAUUGUGGUCAGUUGUGGAUGGAGUUCCGACAUGGGCGGAAUAAAAGCGUGAAAAUGCGCCUCAUAUCUGCAUGGUCGGCACUGGUCGUGUGCCUUUUUUUGCAACCGAAUCUGUACCAUGACCUGGCCCGGGCGGCCAACAUACUGGGCAUAUUUCCAUAUCACUGCGAGGCCCCCUUUCUGGUCGUGCGGCCGUUGGUUCAGGCAUUAUUAAGACGAGGACACAAUGUGACGCUAAUCACACCAGAAGGCCUGCUGCCCGACAUCGAGGGAGUCCGGCAUAUACGGGUUUCCAAGGUAAACCAGCACAUGCAGGAAAUGCUAGACUCUGACCUAAUUCCGGACUUCUUGAUUAGCAAAUGGAAGGAGAGCAUUGUAGCUUCCACAAUAUACUCACAUUUGUCCAAUGAUAUCCUGAGUGACGAUGCCGUACAAAGAAUGCUCCAUGACAAGUGCGAGCGGUUCGAUCUCAUUAUGAUGGAGGCUAGCAACCUGGAUGCACUUUACGGCCUUGUGGAGUACUACAACGCCACUCUGAUGGGCCUGAUUAGUAUGGGUGUGAGCUGGUUCACCGAAGAACUAGCAGGCAACCCGGCCCCCAGCAUUUACGAGCCUAUUUCUCACAUCGGCUAUUCCAGGGAAAACUCUUUGACGAGCAGGCUUAGUAACUGGAUCCAUAUCACGGAGGAGAAGUUGCUGGUGAAAUUGAUAAUGCUGCCAUCUCAGUUGCGCCUCUUCAAAAAGUACUUUGGCUACUCGGAUCAGAAAUUCUAUGAGCUGCGGCACAGGUUCUCUGUGAUCUUAGUCAACAACCACUUCAGCAUGGGCAGGGUGCGAUCCAAUGUACCCAAUCUUGUCGAGGUGGGAGGUCUGCAUCUCAUUGAGCCACCCGAACCGUGUGACAUUGAGCUGCAAAGAUUUAUGGACGAGGCGGAGCACGGAGUGAUUUAUUUCUCAAUGGGCCUGGACAUCAUGGUGAAGUUUCUUCCGGAGGACAUUCAGCAAACACUUAUAACGUCCUUCACUAAGCUGAAACAGCGGAUUGUUUGGAAGAACGAGAUCUUUAAGAUGCCCAAUAUAUCGGAUCACAUAUAUGUGAUGGAAAGGGCACCUCAACGUCACGUUCUGGAACAUCCCAAAGUCCGUCUUUUUAUCACAAACGGAGGAUUGCUGAGUGUGAUGGAGGCGGUUCACAGUGGAGUUCCGAUGCUGGGACUGCCGGUGUUCUUUGACCGGUUUGGAAAUUUGGAAUGGGCGCAAUUAGCAGGCAUGGGCAAAGUCUUGGACAUCAACUCCCUGAAUGCAGAUACCCUGACUUCCACCAUUCGGCUUCUGAUUGAGAACCCCAAUUAUGCUCUGAGGGCCCGAAAUAUGUCAAACACUUUUUGGGAUCGACCCAUGAGUCCUUUGGAUACGGCUGUUUGGUGGACAGAGUACGUCCUUCGAAACAGGGAUGUAUCCCACUUGCGAAUCAAGGCUGAGGAGAUUCCACUAUUGCAGUACUAUAAUAUAGACAGCAUUCUCACUUUUGGUUUUCGACUGGUAGUGAUCGCUGGAUCGGCGAUCUUUUUGUGCCGCAGUUUGCUACAAAGCUAUAGUGUCAGACGUUUAAAAGAAUCGUUUCUAUAUAUAACUUCUUUAAUUAAGUAAAUAUCUAGGUGGAUACCAAAUGUAUGCAGGUUAAAGAUAAAAUGGUUGCCAGCGAGCGGU